AUGGCACCGCCAGUCCGCCCUUCACGUUCACUCGACGGACUCGAGCGAGUUGUGCCACCACACUCGCCCUUGCCCGACUUCCUCAACAAGCCCCUCCCUGCCAGACCCGAAGAACCAGAGUCUUCGGCAAUGUGGAGUGACUCCAGCGAUAGUGAAAGUACCGUCGACAGCAUUAUUCCCAGUGAACCCCGCAACUCUGCGGACAGUUACCCCAUCUUCGUCUCCGGCUCCGACGAUUUCGACUUGGCUGAUCAGGCUCCAUCCGCCGAUCAUCUUACUCUGCCCACUCCACUGCCUCCACUUGACAAGUGCACGGACGCGAUAGAUAUCGUCAUCGACAAAUCAACUGAGCCCGACUCAAUAGCCUCCUCCCUAUCAGACCAGCCUGGCCGUCAGCAUUGGACUCAGAAUCGGACUGGCGCAAACCAUUAUUUCCGCGAAAAGAAGUGGGACUAUUUUCCCGAAUUGGCCCCCUCCUCAUUAACCGGCCGCGUGAGCCCCAACAUGAGUGCCCAAAAGCCCCGCAAGAAAGGUUCCGCCCUGGAAAUCGCCAAGGGCAAGUACCGCUGGCAUUCUCUCGAUCGCGGUGGUCUCGGUGGGGUUCGCGACUCGAUUAAGACCUAUGUUCACCGAACGCUUUCCCGCGAUGGGCCAGCGGAGCAUAAGCCUAAGGACCCAGCGCGCCCUGCCACAGCCCCAAUGGAUCACCACCUCGGCGACGCCUCUAGCAUACUUGGUCCGAAAGGCUGGGAGCCGCAGCCGCAGCAAUCUCUAGCCAUUGACACCGAUGCCGCCAUACGGGCAGUAUCUGUAGCAACAUCUCCAAAUAUCGAUUACGAUUACACGAAGAAGAUGUUCCAUCUCCAAACGCCAGUUUCUCCCACAUUCUCCAAUUACCAAACUUCCUCCCCGAUCUCGUCGGCAUCACCCACCACGCCUCGUCAAAAGCAGCUCGCCGUCCCAUUGUCACCGUACCAGAAACAUGGCCCGGCGAUCUGGGAGUCGGCAAAAAAGCCCAAGCGAAAUGUACAAUCCCCCCGAUCAUCGCCUUGUUCUGAACCAUCCGCCUCCUCCGCCCCCGAGCUAUCAUUUACCAAGACUGCAUCCUCCUCUCCGCCACUCAAGCAACUCCAGCAAAACACCCGCGGGGUUUUCAUGGGGGCGAAAAAGAAAAUUGUGGAAUCAAAGGAGGAUCGCAGAAGAGAGCAGUUGAAGGCACAGAUCAAGCUCGUCGGUCCUGUAAACCCUCACACCUAUGCGCGAUCUGAUCCAUGGGUUUGA